AAUGGAACGUGUCAUGACGCGUUGCCAUAGCGCUUGACCUGCAUUAUAGCCAGUGUGUAUUUAUUGGUUUCGUCUACUUUUGCUAGUCACUCAGCCGUCGCAUGAUUGAAAAGGUGUUGUGUAUCUUUUGUGAUAUGAGUGACCUUAGUUUUCAACAAGCAAUGUGAACUCGGAUUGUUGUUUCAUAAAACUGUCCUGAGUAGCAGUAGAUAUUAGUAGUGCCAAUAGUUUGCAACUGAGCGACCAUGGGGAAAUCCUCGGUCCGUGUUCAGGCGCUUUCGAACGGCGGCGCAGACGACCCAACGCGCUCAUUUGGGGAGUCAGUCUUCGCAAUAACAGACAAUUCAUCAUCGACGAGUGGACUAAACGAUGGGACUGAACGAAGGGAGAUUGCUGAUGACCCCGUCUGUCAGGAAGUAAAGGAAAAGAGAAAAUUGUUGUUUCGAGAGUUUGCUUCAGAUACAUCUUUGCAUGGAAUAAAAUACGUCACGAAUCCCAAACAUCACAAAUUCAGGAGAUUUGUAUGGCUGAUUCUCGUCCUAGUCGCUUUUAUUGGAUUCAUUGUCACCACCGUUGACCACCUACAGAAAUUCCUGAAGUAUGACACUUCUACCUCCUUAACCUACAUAACUCAGCCCAACCAGACACUACCAGCUAUUACGAUCUGUAACUACAACGCCUUCAAGAAAUCAGCAGUUAUCAAUUCUGGCUGGGAAUCUAUUAUACCUGUCCUUCUGCCUUACGUCACCAAGGCUUCCAUACCCCAGUCACAAGUCGAUGUGGACGUCUAUGAGAAUAUAACCUUACCUGAUUGGGAUGUGAAUGAGACUAAUGAAAGAUGGGGACAUCGAAUCGAAGAUAUGCUGCUUGAAUGUCAAUGGAAGCAAGGAUACAACUGUGGUCCUCAAGAUUUCAAGAUGGUUUGGACAGACCUGGGGCCGUGCUACACUUUCAACGGUGGAAACGUGAGUCAAGCAGGCGCAGAUGCGUCGCCUUAUGUGGUCAAUGGAACCACCUCCGAGGAAGGACUGCGGAUAAGAUUGAAUCUAGAACAAUAUGACUAUUUGGCAACACCGUACGAUACAGCGGGAUUCAAGAUAUUGAUCCAUAAUCGAUAUGACGUCGCUACAUUUGUCAACCCCGGUAUUAUACAAGCGGCUCCUGGCUUCAAUACUUUUAUUCCGCUCACUAAAACAAUAAUUAAAGGCAAGAAAUCUCCAUACGUGACCAACUGUACAGACGGGGGUCUGAAAUACUUCGCUACCUACACGCCUAAUACGUGCUUGAUCGAAUGUCUGACGGACGCUGCCUUUGAGGAAUGUGGAUGCUUCUUACCUUGGACGUCUGGUGGUGAUGGAGAAGUUUGUGAUUUUGAGACGGCUGCAUCAUGUUCGUUCAAUGCUUUAGUGGGUGUGGACUGUCCGUGUAAUAUGCCUUGCCUUGAGGAACAAUAUAAAACUCGCGUGAGCAUGACGGCUACACCUGCACAGUAUGCUAUACCAACAUUAUGUGACAAAUACAACAUGACACAAGAAGAAAUCAGAAACAACAUCGUGGAUUUGUACAUUUACUUUGAGGACAUGAGAGUCACUGUCAUCGAACAUAAAGGAGCCUAUGAAUUCUACGAUUUAACAAGUGAUGUUGGAGGCGAGAUUGGUCUGUUACUUGGAGCAAGUGUCCUAACACUCUUCGAAUUCUUGGAUUAUCUUGCUGUGUACCACAUGAUGGGCCUAGCUCUCCUCAAAAAGUGUUACCACAGACACUUUGGCAAGCGGAGAUAGUGUUCUCAUUUGAAGUGGACUUAAUGAUAUUGUAUUUGUGGCAAUUAAAACCCUGUAUUGUUACUGGUAAUAGUAGUUCAUUUUACUUUUGCGGUCCCUGACCCACAUAACUGUAAUUUGUCUUGUCAUGUAUUCGGAUUUUCGUCCCAGGUCCCCGCUAGCGUCUUACUGUACUUGUUGUUUGUUGUUUUAUGCUCGUUUUACUCAAUUUUGUUUUGUUUUUGUGAUG